ACACCACUAGCUCAGCGACACAGGCCUGCAAGCCUGCAACACUCGCUACAAAAUGAAGCUUCAGGUAGCCACAGUCGCCUCCUUCGUCCUGGUGGCCUUGGCCGCGGCGGCCCAGGCCGUGACGUUCGACGCGUCGAACAAGGCGUCGGGCACCUCCGGCGGCCGGCGGUUCAACCAGGCCGUAGGCCUCCCAUACUCCAAGAAGGUCCUCUCUGACGCCUCCGCCUUCAUCUGGAAAACCUUCAACCAGCGCGCCGUCGGCGACCGCAAGACUGUCGAUGCCGUCACCCUCGUCGUCGAGGACAUCAGCGGCGUCGCCUUCACCAGCGCCAACGGCAUCCACCUCAGCGCCCAGUACGUCGGCGGCAUCUCCGGCGACGUCAAGAAGGAGGUGACCGGCGUGCUGUACCACGAGGCGACGCACGUGUGGCAGUGGAACGGGCAGGGCAGGGCGAACGGCGGGCUCAUCGAGGGGAUCGCCGACUACGUGCGGCUCAAGGCCGGGUUCGCGCCGGGGCACUGGGUGAAGCCGGGGCAGGGCGACCGGUGGGAUCAGGGGUACGACGUCACGGCGAGGUUCCUUGACUACUGCGACUCGCUCAAGCCCGGGUUCGUCGCGCAGCUCAACGCCAAGAUGAAGAGUGGGUACACCGACGACUUCUUCGCGCAGAUUCUCGGGAAGAACGUGCAGCAGCUGUGGAAGGACUACAAAGCCAAGUUUAGAGGCUGAACGCACUAUAAGUUGAUGGGUCCUUCACGGUGUGAUGGCAUAACGCACUACUUCGAAUAAGACAUGUGUGAUGGCAUAACACACCAUAUACUGAAAUGAUCAACAGAACAUGUCCCUUACGCUCUGUAGUGAAAGAUAAAUAAACGAUUUCACUAAUUCGAAAUCGACUUUGAGUUACAUGCUACUAGUAGUCUUAAGUUGGCGAUACGUGAGUGCGUUUGUGUGGUGGUGUGAGUGUGUGCGUGUUGUAAUCGGUUUUCUAGAAAAAACAAAAGGUUGUUUGGA